AUUCAAUAUUCUACGUCAGCAUUCUGCCUGAGAAUAUCUGGAUUUAUCAAGAACGGCAAAUUAAGGCUAUAUAGUCGAUGUCCAUAGUGACUCUCGAUAGCAGAAACCAAUGGUUAACAGGAAAUGCUGUUUAUAAUAAUAUAUGUAUGUAAAUUAUCAGGUUGCUACGGAUCACCUGAGAACUACGACAAAUCAAUAACAAGUGAGGAAUACAAAUAUGGCGGUCGAACUUGAACAGGGAUACGAAGACGAGUACUUCGAGAUUCCUGUGAGCAACAACUUUCAUUGUGUUAUCUGUUUCAAUGUCUUUAAAGAUCCUGUGAUGUGCAACUACAAUGAACACAUUUUUUGCCGAAGUUGUAUAACGAAGCACCUCGCGAACUCUCAGACAUGUCCAUCGUGUAAGGAUGACCUCAAUGUUGAGACACUUCGUGAAGCUCCUCGAAUCGUAAAGGAGUGUUUGUCUGAGUUAAAGAUUCGUUGUGAAUUCUUCAACCGUGGUUGUGGGUUCGUAGAGUUGGGAAAGCUUGAACGACAUGUUAUGGAGUGUGGUUUUGCUCCUGUCCUUUGUUCAAACGAAGGAUGCGAAGCUGAAGUCAACAAACGUGAUUUGAUUCAUCACGAAACAGCAGUAUGCGAACAUCGUAGAGUCAAGUGUCACAACUGUGAGGAGAUACGUCAGGAGUUGAACGAAGUUAACGAAAGACUGGGCAGAAUGGAAGCGAAUAUGAACAACAAGUUCACACAACUAAACAACACAUUGAGGGCGCUUGGUGCUAAAUUAAAUCAACCAGAAACUUUGCAGUCUCUAGUUCGAUCAUUUGAACGCAAUAAUAGAAACGCUACACACGAACCACGAGAUUCAACUAACUCCAAAGACACGCGGCUUCAGUUGCCAAACCAAUCUCCACCAUCUUUUCUAGAACGUAGGGAGCAGCGUAAACGAAGCCGACCUCAUGUCACUACUUUACCAACUAGUCUGCCGUCAUCAGGCCGAAAACGAGGCAGACUUCUACCCACGAGGAAUAUUACCUCACCGCCUCCCCAGCCGUUGGAGGGGUUCCCUAUUACUCCCUUACCAAAAUGUUACUCCCCAACACGAAAUAUAUCUCCAAUCCCGUGGGAGAGAUCUCCAUCACCGCCGUCGAUCGUGUCUUACCCAUCGCCACUGCCCUGGGAAAGGGAUGAAUUUUCAUCGCCUCCGUCGCCCCAGAGAUGCGUCCGUCGUCGCUGGACAUUCUCAUCUCAACCACUCUCAGACCAAGAAAACCAAUGACUUUCAUAAGCGACGGAAAA